GGAUACGCCAAGGUGCCCCGUCCUUUAGUUAGAGAGUAUUCCAUGCCUUAACUGACGGUGACGGUGGUUGGAUUGGGAUCACAUUCCUUUCGGCUUCAUUAAAUAUUAAAUAUAGUCAAUUGUAAAUUGAUGUAAUGGCGAAAAAAAAUAUAGCGUUGUCAUCCUUGGCUGAAGAAAUUAAAUGUAUUGAAAAAUCAAAUGCUCAAUCUGAUUUUCUUUACCUUUGCAAGGAUUAUCGUGGGGAUGACUUACUUAAACGUAUUAUGACUUGCAUUGAGCGAGGUGCAGACAUCAAUCAAACUGAUACUAAUCAGAAAAAUGCAAUUCAGUUGUUAUGUGAAAACUACAACGUGAAAGAUUUUAUGCAAAUCAUGGCUUGUAUUAUUCAAAACGGAUUUGAUAUAAAAAAACACAACUCUUCGGUUCUCAGGUGUGUUUUAGACAGCUCAAUGGACAGGUGCCAACAGGAUGAGGUGCUGAGACUCCUGACUCGAUAUGGCAUGAAUUAUUAUUCGCCAUCUUCCAACUUACGAAAACUCCGUGACAAAGAUGGAAACAUCAGAAUUGGUUUAAUCGACUAUUUAGUGGAAAACCGAAAAACUUUAGGCUGGCACGAAGGAUGUAAAAAUUGUCAAGAAAUAUUAUCAAUUGACGAAGUUGGAAGAAGAAAUGCUCAAAAUUACUUCAUGUUCGAAAAUGUCUAUACAAGCUUUGUCAUGUUACAGCUUGCACAGAAAACAGCUCAAUCUCGCCGUAGUGACGUGCCCAUAAAGGAAUGGAAAAUACAAGAAGAUGAAAGACUCAUUUUGCAUCGACUCCAAAAAGAGCUGAAGGGUGGAUCGGAUACGAAUGAAUUGAAUUGUAAUAACUAUGAGUUGUAUCUAAGAACGAUGUGUAGUGUUGCAAAAUCUUUGAACCAUGAAGGUGUAGUGGAAGUAAUCAGAUGGUUUUAUCUUUUACCAUUUGAUUUUCCCAUCCGUUCUUGUAAACUAAGCAGGAGUGAUCAGGAAAUAUUGAAAGAAUGGGACAAAACACUUGAAAAAUUUUCCCACGACGAAAAUGAUAAAGAUUAUGGAGAAUUAAUUAAAGAUUUUGCACAUAAUCAGUGUUUCCGUGGUACCGCAUUGUCUGUGGUAGAUUUGCUUAUCAAGGACAAGUUGUCAAACUAACUUUUUAUUAAAGCUUGUUCUGUUGGGAAAUAAACACUUACCAAAUGAAA